AUGAUUCCUCAUCAACUUGGUAAUCUCAUAAAUUUACACUCUCUUGAUCUUCACUCUAUUUACAGAGAAUUCAAUGGCACUUACAUCAGUCCAUAUGCUAAGAAUCUUCACUGGCUUUCUCAACUUUCUUCGUUGCGGUACCUGGACAUGAGUUUCAUUGACCUUGAAGAAGCAUCUGAAUGGGAGGAGGUAACAAAUUCACUCCCUUCUUUGGAAGUCCUGCGCUUACUCUCCUGCAAUUUGAACUUCAAUUUUCGUCCAAUAUAUCAUGUCAAUUUUUCAUCUUUAUCCCUCCUUGAUCUUAACUAUAACCAUUUAGGGAACAAUAUUCCACUAUGGGUUUCCAAUUUGAGAAGUUUGACUUCUCUCUAUCUAAGAAGUAUUGCAAAUGGCGGUUCUAUCCCUGAUGGUAUUCAAAACUUAACUUCCCCUGUGCACCUUGGUCUUUCUGAUAACUCUUUUAAUACCUCAAUACCCAGAUGGUUAUAUAGUUUGAGCCAUUUGGAGGUUCUCAACCUUGACUUUAAUCGAUUGAGAGGUUCCAUCCCUGAAGAAAUUCAAAACUUAACUUCCCUUGUGCAUCUUGAUCUUUCUCGUAACUCUUUUAAUACCUCAAUGCCCAGCUGGUUAUAUAGUUUAAGCCAUUUGGGGGUUCUGAACCUUGCUGGUAAUCAAUUGACAGCAUCAUUGGGAAAUCUUUCCUCUUUGAGAGCUGUGUCCCUUGGUUAUAAUCAUAUUAGUGAAACUCUCCCUGAAUAUUUGGGGCAGCUUGUUAAUUUGGAAGAUUUAGACAUUGGCAAGAAUCAGAUAGAAGGCAUCGUUUCGGAGGCUCACUUUUGCUAA